UAACAAGAUUCGGUGUUAUUUCGAAAUUAAUAUUCGAAAUUGGUUUUUGCGCAUGUCAUCUUGCAAGCAUUGUGAAUGAUGUAGAUUGUCCUUUACAAUUUACAUUUUACAGAAAGCCCUUUUGUGUGUGUUGGAUGUUUUAAUUUUUGUGUUAAUACCAGAAGUUUUUAAAAAGAAAUAACAAUGAGUGAUACAAAAGAAGAAGAAGAACCAAUGGAAAUUGAAACAUCAAUAAUAAAUGUUGAUGAAAAAUUUAAAAAAAAUCAUAACACUAUUGAUGAUGAUGAUGAUGAUGAUGUUGAUGUUGACAAUAAUGAUAGUGGUAGAAUAAUACCAACAUUAGAUGAAUUUAUAAAUAACAAUAAAAACAAUAUAAAUAAUACAACAACAUCAAGAUGGGAAAAUAAAAAUGGUACAUUUACAACUGGUAUUGAUAUAUUUAGUAAAGAAGAAAAAUUAAAAAUGGAAGAACGUGCUAAAAGAUUUGGUAUUGAUUCAAAUAAUAUUAAUAAUAUUAAUGAUUUAUAUGAUAGCAUGAAUAUAAUUGAUGAUAUUGAUAAAAAAAAAAUACGUUUAAAUGUAUUACAUAUGAGAGGUACUGAUAAUAUGAGUACAAAAGAUGUAUUUAAAUAUUUUGAAGAUUAUGGAGCAUCAUCAAUUGAAUGGAUAAAUGAUGUAUCAUGUAAUAUUGUUUGGUUAGAUAAUAUAUCAUCAGCACGUGCAUUAAUACAUUUAUCAAAAAAAAUUAAUUAUAAUAAUGAUGAUGAUAAUUAUUCAAUAAAAAUUAAUGAUAUUAAAUGUCCAUUACCACCAGGUGUAUGGCGUAAAGGUAAUGAUUAUAAUAAAUCAAAUAAUAUAUUUUUACGUUUUGCAACAAUAAAUGAUAAAAAACAACCAAAUGCAGAAAAAACAAGUGUUUAUUAUAAAAAAUAUGGUAAUCCAAAUUAUGGUGGUAUUAAAGGUUUAUUAAGUGAAUCAAAAAAACAAUUAUUAAAACAAAAAAAACGUAAAUAUAGUGAUAAUAAUGAAGAUGUUUAUGAUGAUGAUAAUAAUAUAAAUAAUAAUAAAAAAAAAAAAAGUAAUCCAUGGGGUGAAUUAUCAGAACGAUGGGGUAAUAAUGAUAAUACAGAAGAAUAUUAUAUUGUUAAUAAAAAACCAAAUUUACAAUUUAAUAAUGAUAUUGAUAAUGAUGAUGAUGAUGAUGAUGAUAAUAAUAAAAUGAAAAUUAAAAAUAGACUUGGUUUUAAAAGCAAUAAUGAAAUAAUUAAUUAUAAAAAUAAAUCAGAUGAUAAUUGUAGUAAUAAUGGUGAUGAUGAUGAUUCAUCAACAGCAUCUGAUGGUGAUGAUGAAAUGAAUGUACGUAGUAAAAUUCCCAGAAUGAGGAUGCAUGCUGAUGAUGAAGAAGAAAGAGUUAAAAGAAAAAAACUCAAACAAAUAACUCAAAAGAAACGUGAAGAGAGUAGAGAUUUACGUUCAAGACUUGGUAAAAAAAAACCACAAAUUUAUCGUGAUGAAAUACAAGUUAUUGUUACAAAUAGACCAGAAGUUUAUAAAAAAAAACAACAGGAAGUGAAAGAAGAUGAAGAAGAAGAAGAAGAAGUAAAAAUGUUUGAAGAAUCUGAAAAAGAAGAUGGUGAAUUAGAAGAUGAAUUUAAUGAUAAUCAAUUGAUACAUAAUAAAAUAUUUAAAAAAGAUACAAAAAAUGAUGAUGAAGAAGAGGAAGAAGAGGGUGAAAUUGAUGAUAAUGAUGAGUCAUCAUCAACAAGUGAAAGUGAAUUAUCUGAAAAAGAAAUACAGGGUCCACAAGGAAGUGUUAUUAAGGUUGUUGCUAAACCACAACGUGUUAAACCUCAAGUUGCAUCAACUGUUUGGACAAGACUUAAUUUUAAUGCUGAAAAUAAAAAUUCAUCAUCAAAUAAUAGGGCGAAAGUGGGUGAUCGUUUGAUUGAUUUACGAUCACGUCUUGGAAAUAAAAAAAAAAACGAAAGAUCACCGCUAAGAAUUGAAGUAAAAAAUGAAAAAUAUGAAGGAAAUUUAAAUCAAGAUUAUUCCGAUUAAAUGAUAAUAUUAUUUUAAUUAUAGUGCAUUUUCUUUUUUCUUAAUUUAAAAAAAAUAAUAUUAAUUUUAAUGACUAAAUGAAAAAAAAAAACAAUAAAAUAGAAUUUUAUAAGAUUAAAUAAUGAAAUAAUAAUAAAAUUUCAUUUCUAUAUUUACAAAAUUAAUUAAAUAAUUCAAAAAUUUUUGAUAUAAAUUUCUUUUGAUUUUCAUCAUAAUUUUUUUUCAACAUAAUUUACGCAUUUCAUAACUUUUUUUAUUUUGAAAUGAUUUUAAUGUUAUCCCAUUUUUUUUAUAUAAACAAUAAACUAGUCAAAAUUACAAAUACACCAAUUAUAAUUAACAGACGAAAAAAAAAUUUCCAAAACAAUAAAACGUGAAUGAAAAAAAAAAAAAAAAAAA